UGUAUAUGAUAGCCAUCUUCAUAUCUCAAAACAUUUUCUUGAAGAUUGGAGGGUUAUGACGUAAUCUGUUCAUUAAGGAGUAAAAAGCAGUGGCCUGAAAUGCGAAAUUCCUUGCUUGACCUGAAAUUAUUGUCAAUUUCUGGGAGAAAUACAAAGGAAUUCAGAGACAUUGGAUAGAAACGGUGUGUGGUCAUCUUUGGAGCAAGAGGACACUGGCAAAAGACCAAACUAUAGGCUAUUUGGAAGAAAGACAGACUUUGCAUGAACGCGGAGCUCGAUACUUACAUUGAAAAUUGCUGCGUAUAAAAGGACGAACUAGGUAGCCGAAAACACCAAGCUCAUAGAAAAUGAAAAGAGAGACGGCACUGUUUAUCAUCCCAUAUAUUUGGGCCAUUCUUUUUCUGGUGCCAAUAUUUGGUGGGCGCUGUCCUGGCGGAACGGACUCUUACUAUAACCAAGAGUCAAACCAAUGGGCGUGUUGCGUUGAUAUAACUUGUGACAAAGGCUACCAGCCAAUGCCAUGUGAGAAGGGCAACAUGACCAGUAGCUGGUGCAAGAAAUGUGACUCAAACCAGACGUUCAGCGAUAGGAAAAUGUCACUAACGGAUAGGACAAAGUGCAGGAACAAGAAGCGCUGUCACCACUUUUUCCUAAAAGGCGAUGAGACAACCGACGCCAUCUGCCACUGUCCGGAGAAAUGGCAUCACCUCGAAGAUGGUGCAAUGUGUUUGCCAAAUAGGAACUGUCCGAAGGGCUGGGGACAGACACAUUCGGGUCGUUGUGAGCGGUGCAAACAUGGUUUGACCUUCUCGAAUGAGAAGAACAAUCAUCAGAGAUGUAUGCCGGUGAGGAGAUGCAAAGAAGAAUAUAGAUGUACAAUCCGGGAGGCCAAUAUCACAUCAGAUGCAAUUUGCACUGCGAAAGUUAUAUCAGACAUUGAAAAUUGCCCAAAGCCAGGCGAGAUCACUUCGACAACUGUUCAACCAACGCCUGUCGCUCCGGACAAAACUUCAGUCGACCCGAAAUCUGAUGUGAAGGAUGAAGAUAGGUCCAAGGGACAUGAGGGAAGCAGGCCAUCCCCAGAAACAAAGCCUCCAAAAACAGACAAUAAUGGCGAUAUUGUUAUCCGUGUAAUGGUCAGCCUGCUAGCAAUAGCUAUUUUUGCGAUAUUAUUUGUACUUGCAAUCAAAGCCUUCAGGAAGGAGCGAUACGAAAUGCAUCUGGCCAUCGUUGAACACUUGGAAAAUGUCCUGGUGAUUAAUAGGAAGCAGGAGAGUAUAAAAGUCUACGAAGUGGUGCAAGAUUACCUGACGGACGAAAAGUGUCGACACUGGCGAAGUCUCGGAGAGAAUCUCCUUGGAGAAAAGCUCUCAGGGAUAGAGAGUGAACUGAGAGAGGAACUAAAUGACCGAGGAAGGAUGUACACUGUCCUCGAUAACUGGAGGGAAUCAUGUUGCAGUGAUGGACCAAACCUAAGGCCCCUUUUUGAUGCAAUGUUCUCACCUAAAAGGAACUGGUGGAUACCAUAUUCUCCACUGAGAUCAAGGAUAAUAGCUCAGUGCAAUCUACCGAUCCCACGCGAGCACAACAUCUCCUGUUUUCGCCGUCUGUGUCGGAUGGAAUGGCUGGACUGCCUGUCAACCUGUAUACGUCGCCAUAGCCAUAACCAUCAAAGUCGCAGCACAAGUCAACAUAAUGCAGACCAGUCCGUCCCUAAUAGCACUGACAACAGCCAGUAUCUGCUUGUGUAGUACGCAUAGUUUCAUAUCCAAUGUAACAAGAACUCAUCUUAUAUAUACAUGUAUAUAUACGCAUGUAUAUUAUAUGCAACUUAAAACUCAUUGGCUGAACAAAGCGGUGAUGGUGUGAGCUGGAGAGGCAUCAUAGGCCCGAUGCGGGGGUUCUAGCAUAGACGCACCAAUAGGAUUUACCUGACUAUAACUACAUCAUCGUGCGCAUUACAGGGGGGGGGGGGGAGGGGCUUCACUUUGAAAAUCGGAGUAGAUAUUAUGACACUCAAUUUUCAAACAAAAGUUUUGUAUAUUCUGUUCACUUCUGGCAGGAUAUUUGCGCUUCGGGCAUCAUCACUUCCUGAAGAAUACGUAAGGAUGGCUAGUCAAUAGCGACUUUCAGCACCGACAAAACGUAUCAUGAAUCCGUAUGGAAAAUACUGGUAGGCGAUACGUAGGUAGGACAUAAAAUGAGCUGCAGCAUCGGUAGUUCAUCCGUGUGCAAUUUGUGAACGGCUGAAGGGAUAAGUGGCAAUGAAAACGCCUCUAAUUUCUCCCAAAAAACAUACCUCACAAACGAAAGCAUCAUCAACGUAAUCUACAAUAUUUCUCAAACAAUAAUAUAGAGAUGGAAAUAUGAUAGAAGUCUCAAUUUAGCAGCAAAUGCGAGAUAAAUUGUUCAAUAUCAUACGUAUUGCUUCCCGCAUGGAAUACAGUUCUUGCGCUUUGCCGUAUACUUAUGGGGUUACACUUGUCGUCGAAACUACACGCCCUGAUGACGUCGUACGCAAAAUUGAUAGGAAUACAUUAUACGGGCAGGAUAUUAGACCUUGCUGAAAGUCUCUAUUUCAAUCAGUCUCUACUGGUGCUAAGUACAUUAUAUGUAAAGCAUUGGUGCGUCUCAUUUGCAAGAACUUCCAGUAUGCUUUCUUGCAUCUCUCGCUCCAAGUCCUUUAUUCAUUGCGUGUAAAAUAAGGGUUAGUUCCCGAUCAAUUCGCGCUAUUAGAGAGGAUAAGAGAUCGUUCCCCUAUAAACACUAACGAUAACGAUAACACUAUUUUGAACGUUAUCGUAUUAAAUAACGUAUUUCAGGUAAAGAAAAUGUUCGCUAUUUCACCGCUAACGUUUUUUUCCAAUUGUAAUUACGUCAAUCACAACCAUAAAAAAGGGACCUUCUUUGCGAUCAUACUGGAUCCACUCACCAAUAAGAUCCCAAGCCCGACAAUACCCGAUUUGUACCACCGCCUCGAUUGGUAGAGGCUAAAGAGCCGAACACAAUAGUAGGCCUUUCGCAGCGAUAAAAGGGGUGGGAUAUAUUCUAUUCAAGAGUUAACAAUGUAAUCAUCAUGACUAGUCAUGACUCUACUGCGAAACUUUUCAUAUUACAUUUAAAGACCAAUUGGAAGAAACGAAGACAAGAUAUCACACCCUUGUAUAGCUGCGAAAGGCCUACUAUUAUGUCCGGUUGUCAAGGCUCGACUCAUCGAGGCGGGAGUAGAAAUCGGGUAUUGUCGGGCUUGGAUAUUAUUGGUGAUGUAUAAUGCGGGUUGGACAAUCGGUUUAAAAUACCAUUUUCGGAUCACAAUAAACUAGGCAGAUGUCCUUCCACCAUUAUCACCUUCAAUUUCAUCAACCGUAAAAUAAUAGGACAGAUAUUGGCAUUGAGAGAUUCUUCGCAGUUUCCUGCCAAAGCCAUUUCUUUUUCUUUUCUCCUUGGGCAAAAAGCUUCACCGUGAGUACCUCGCGCAGCAGUAAUACGUCCUGGGUGAUCGAGAAGCGUCAUCGCUUGCCUGCCAUUUUAAUUAUGUGCUACAUUGAAGAGACGAAUAAACAAUUAAAUUCAACUCGAACAACCCUCUGAUAAAAAAAUGUAUUGCAAUGGCCAUGGUGGAGCUGAUUUCACGCACACCAACCUCUGAACAGUGGUCGACCUGACCGGCGAGCUUCCUCACUUCAUGUAAGCCGAAUCGGCGUCAGAGAAUUGCGGUGUGCACGGUAUUACAGCAAGAAUCCGCGGACCAGCAUAAUGCCCGCCGUUCACGAUCAAAUUUUUUGGUCAAAUCUGUUGGUCAAACUUUUGUGUCAAAUUUUCUAGUUCAGCCGCGGGUCGUGCACGAUGGAUUUAUUUCAUCAAAUCUUUUCCAAUAUGGCUCCCGUGCAGUCAAGACUGAUUGCGGCAGCUGCUGCAUGUGCAGCCAUAACUGCAAUUGUUGCGAGCCCUAUACUCUUCGAUCAACACAUCUACAGCAUUUUGUGUCCAAACCAUCUUGGUACAAGCCUGCGUUUCGACCGAGUGUGCAGGUAUGGUGCGAGUUGCUUGUAUAAAGUGUACCUGAAUUAUUUCUUGGCGCAUAAUACUCAUUAUUAUAACUAUAUUAACUGUCUUUGUCGCUGUCCCGGUGUAACAUCUGUGGUUGUUCCCCAUGUUUCAGUGUUUCCAAACAAUAGGCAGCUAGAGAGACCAUGACUUUUCAAUAGGAGGGAUACACAGAAAAACUCGUCAAUCUAUUUUUGAGCGUUCCCAAACAAUGAGGGGAAACACUCAAAAACAGAAACACUCAAAAACAUUACACCGGCUCACAAAGGAUCGGUACAGUAUAUGAAUAGGCCUACCUAUUUGGACAGCUCGGAUAGUGAAAGACCAUGCUUUAAUUGUUACUAAAAACGCCAAUGCGCGUCACACCUGAAAAAAAACCCAUCUAAUUGAUGUGUUCAUUGAUUGAUGGCCCGAUAAUAUUGAAAUGGCUACUUUGACUCAAACGGUUAAUCGUACAGAAAAAAUCCAAUCCCGCCGCUCACGAUCCAAUAUUUCCGAAUCGUACUAAAUAAAUAGGACCGGUUCUAUCCACAACAAUUUUUAUCCUAGGAACAUAUUUCAUCCACUUUCCCGUCGUUCACGAUCAAACUUUUUGGUCAUAUUUUUUUGGUCAAAUUAAAUUUGAUCGUGAACGGCGGGCAUAACAUGUCGUAAUAGGGCUGACAAGACUCGGUACUGAUGUCACCGCACAAAGACAUCAAUGAAUGUUACCAAGUUGGUUUUGAGGCAAUGUUGAAAUGAAAUUUUCAUUAGAAAUACCAGAGAGGGCCUGUCCUCGCAACUACAGGUGAUACCAGCCACAUAAGCUCUACGUGUCGUCAAAGUACUAUUUGUAUGGAUGAAGAUGAUUUGGGGACGAGAUUUUUGGUCGUGGCAUGACGAAUUGCGUAUUAACGCUAUAAGGGUCAAGGUCACGCGACACAAAAAGCGUUUGCGUUGGUGUUAGUGUUAGCGGAACAAUCUCUUAUCCUCUCUAUUAAGUUGAUGUUUCGUGGCCUAUUAUCCGAGUGGUUUGGACAUUCCUGGAAGUUUUUGAAAUUGCAGGCAUGAGUGAUUGUCUCGUUUUGUCCUGUCAUUUUUUGAGCCGAUCGGGGUAUAAAACAUGUUACAUGUACGCGUAGCUCAGAACAUCAUGUUGGCCUGUCGUUACAUCUUCAUUUUAAUGAAGAUUAAAGUGCAUGAAUCCUGGUCCCAGUAGCUCAACAUGAAAUAACAUGUCAACAUGAUAUGUGCAAAUACCUGAACAUGCUUUCUAACCCUGAUAAUCAUUCAUGCUGUUCAUAAAUGUUUAUCAUCGGAUUAUAUAUAAAUACUGAUACCAAUUAUGUUUAAAAAGUAUAUCAAUUGUUGAAUUUCGGUUUUUGAUAUGACCUGAAUUUCUGAUGAAUUUCAAGAACGUCAGGAGAGUCCAUGUCCAACAUAUCUUUGGUUACUAAAGUUAUACUCUUGAGAGCUCUUGUAUUUGACCUGAACUAUGGCAAUAGGCAUGGUCAGGAAUUGGAGAUGGUCAGAUGCCUGACAUGGUUUUAGCUGCUUUUUUAAUAUUGUACCACGUGCUUCUCGAGUGCAAAGUAGUUUCUACGGGCAUUCUUCGUGAAAGUAGUAAGGUUAUACUGGAUGUCCUCUCGUAUAACAUCCUCAAACUCCUAACAUUUGACAUUUGCCUCCAGCAUUUCACACUCAUGUUUCCCAGAUUUUUUUCAAAAUUCCAUAGUCAAGUUGAAUAUUUUUUUGGAAGGGCGCUGAAGUGCCGUUCCCCUGUGAUUCCCCUUUAGGCCUUAGAGGAUGUUAUACGGCAGAGAAUCCAAUAUAAGAUUAUCUUUAUUUCACAUCAUCAUUCCAUGAGUUUCAUUGCAAAACGCGAUAUCUCUGUUUUUGCCAUUUUGGGGAAAAUUAUUUUAAGUUUGGAAUUAGCUGAAAAUGCAUUGGACUUUUUUAUCGUCAAAAUUUUUUGAUUACCAAAUGCUCUAAAAUUAUGAGGACUAAUUAGAUUUCAAAUAGGCAUUGCUGCAGUGCGGUUUACUUCAAAAUGUUGGAUAUGGCGGAUAUCGCGUUUUGUGAGUAUGUGUAUAUUUUAUCAAAAUGAUUUUAUAUAAUCUAUGUAUAUUAGUGCAAAACCUUUACACAUAUAUUCAUAUCCUUUUUCAUGUUUAUACAUUUCUACCAUGAGCUAAAUGAAGAAAUCAUUUCAAUAACAUGGUGGGACAGUAUAUUUUGGUACACAUAUAUUUACUUGUCAGAUGGGCAAUGAAAAAAAAGUUGGAAAAGUUGAUUCAUUUUAAAAUUGGUUUCAGUGCUAUAUUAAAACAAGCAUUCGAAUCCUGCUAGGUAACUAUGCUUAAAACGAAAAGUAUUUUUAAAGUCAUAACUAAUCCUCAUCUGCCAAGUUUUAUAUUUUGUACAAAGAUUUUUCACUUGGCAAAGAAGUAUAAGCAUGAAAUGCUGUCAAUAUGUACAAUAUAGUGAAACAGCUGCAAAGUUGACUGGGCAAUUCUGUUGCAACAUGUUAUGAAAGGAAAAUGUCUCUUUUUAUUAUACAUGUAUAUUGAAAAAGACAAACUCGACUAAAAUUCUCUUUAAUGUUUUAUCAUGAUAAUUGUUUCAUUUUUUUGGAAAGGGCUUAAACAGCAUUUGCAUGGCCUGAACUCUUGACAUGUAUUUUGGUUAUGAAGGAAGCUUACAGUAACAAGAAAAAAUGCACCUAGUCUUUUGGUGAUGAAAAUGAUGAAAUGGACAAACAGAAAUUGCAUUUGAAAAACAUUUGAUUUGAAUAUGAAAAUACCACAUUUGUUUACUUGGCAGUUUGCUUUCAUAAAUAUGAUUGUGACAAUCUAGAUGUAGACAUUCUUACCAACCUACCAUGAAUGUCAACAGAAUUUGUCCAGAUAACAGAACGGUUAUGUUUUUCCUUUGUCAUCAGCUUUAAAAAAAAUAAAAAUGUUCAUGUAUGUGGAAAUCUGUGUUUGUUUACAUAUUACAUUUUGUAUCUAUAUGUAAUAUGCUGUGAUUAUUCAAUGUGUGCCAAACUUAACAUUCUUGAGUCAACAAAUAUUUUUUCUUAUGGAAAAUUGCAUAAUUUGUGCCAAUAUUUUAUUCGUUUUUCCUGGAUUAAUCCCUAAUUUGAGGGACAUUUUAAAUUAUUUAGUAUUGGUUACCGUAAUAUUUUGAUGUUGAAUUUGUGAGAUUAGCUGGGGGAACUCAUUUUACAGUUAUCCUAAACAGCGUUUAUCAGAGUACACCAGGUUUAAAGUUAUCAAAACAAAUAUUUAGUAUAGUCAUGAAGAAAAUAAGUGGGCCAUCUUUUCACACUUCCCAAAUUUCAUGACAUAUGGGUGUAAAAAAAUGGGUUUGUUGUCUGAAAUCACAAGCGUCCAGCAACUUUGGAAGCCACAGCACUUCUUCCAAGCCGAAUUCUGACGAUGGCCGCCGGCUGUGCUUUUAUUUCUCGGGACGAACAUUUUAGCCAACAGCUCUCUCAUCUUGGUAGUUUUUUUGAGUAAAAUUUUGGAUGAAUUUUGCUGGGGGAAUAGAAUAAGAAGCAAAGGUGUGAGGUCUUUGUCAAGUUUGCCUGAUUGAAAUUUACAAACUCCAGUUGUUUAAAAUGUCUUGAUAUGAUCGAGCGUGUAUUCAAACAAUAAUGCAUUUUGGCCUGUAAUCUUUAGGAGGUGCCAGUGUUUUUUUUAAUCUGUUAGUUCCGUUUUCUCUCCCAAUAUUCCUGAACAGUUGUCGCUUGUUGUUAUCAAUUAUGACCUUUAUCUGAUGGUUUAAUAAAUAAUUUCCACAUUUUCAUGAACACCAA